AGACGGCGCUGGGCGCGCGGGGUAGCAGGAGGCCCCGAGCGGGCGGGCGAGUGCUGAACCCAGCCCCGCCGCGCCGGGAGCGAUGCUGCCGUUGCUGGUCUUCUUGUGCGUCUUCUCGGGAGUCGAGGACGCCUUCGCGCAAGUCCUCCAGACCCGCUUCAUCGAGGAACCUGAGGACCAGACGGUGGUUGCUGGGCAGAAGGUAGUGCUGUCCUGCGUGGUGCUGAACUACUCUGGGAUCGUGCAGUGGACCAAGGAUGGCCUGGCUCUGGGGAUGGGACAAGGCCUCAGAGCCUGGCCACGCUACCGGAUCACUGGGGUGACAGAUUCCGGCCAGUUCAAUCUGGAGAUCACCGACGCAGAGCUCUCUGACGAUGCCUUAUAUGAAUGCCAGGCCACAGAGGCUGCCCUGCGAUCGCGGCGUGCCAAGCUGAACGUCCUCAUUCCCCCUGAAGACCCGAUGAUUGACGGGGCCCCCGAGAUUUUGCUCCGUGCGGGCACACCACACAACCUCACCUGCCGAGCGCAAAACGCCAAGCCUGCGGCCACUAUCGUCUGGUUCCGUGAUGGGUUGCCACAGUCCGAGGCUGCUACUGCCACGGAAGUCUUAAUGGAUGGAAAGAGAAAGACCACCAUUAGUCAGCUGCUCAUCACGCCCACCGACCUGGACAUCGGGCGAGUCUAUGUGUGCCGUUGCAGCAACGAGGCUAUCCCUGCAGGCAAGGAGGCCUCCAUCAAGCUCAACGUUCACCACCCUCCAACGGUGACGCUGUCUAUUCAGCCCCAGACGGUGCAGGAAGGAGAAAGAGUCACCUUCACCUGCUUGGCCAACGCCAAUCCAGAGAUCAAAGGCUACAGGUGGGCAAAAGGCGGAACGAUUAUUGAGGAUGCCAAGGAGAGCAAAUAUGAGACGCAGGUGGAUUACACCUUCUUCACGGAGCCGGUCUCUUGUGAAGUGCGCAAUGAUGUGGGCAGCACCAACGUCAGCAUCCUGGUGGACGUCCAUUUCGCUCCUCGGAUUGUGAUGGACCCCAAGCCCCUGAUCACUGAUAUUGGCUCGGACGUCACCUUGACCUGUGUGUGGACUGGGAAUCCCCCACUGACCCUCACCUGGGCCAAGAAGGAAUCCAACAUGAUACUUGGAAACAGCAACCAGCUGCACCUCAAGUCUGUCACACAGUCAGACGCGGGGCUGUACGUCUGCAAGGCCAUCGUGCCACGGAUCGGGGUGGGCGAGCGUGAAGUGGCCCUCUUGGUCAAUGGUCCGCCCAUCAUCUCCAGCGAUUCCAUCCAGUACGCUGUGCGGGGGGAUCGAGGAAAAGUCGAGUGCUUCAUUGGGAGCACGCCCCUCCCCGACCGAAUUGCCUGGGGCUGGAAGGAGAAAACCUUGGAGACGGGCACCUUGGAGCGCUAUACUGUCGAGCGGAGCAACACGGAGGACGGGGUGCUCUCCACACUGACCAUCAACAACGUGAUGGAGGUCGAUUUCCAGACACGCUACAACUGCACCGCCUGGAACGCCUUCGGUCCGCGGACGGCCAUCAUUCAGUUGGAGGAGAAAGAGGUUCUGCCAGUGGGCAUCAUUGCUGGUGCCACCAUUGCAGCUGGCAUUUUACUCAUCUUCUGCUUCAUCGUGCUGGGAUGUUUCCUCUACCGACGUCGCAAAGGGAGCCGGAAAGACGUGACCCUGCGAAAGCUGGACAUCAAAGUGGAGACGGUGAACCGGGAGCCCCUGACGCUGCACACGGACCGCGAGGAGGACACGGCCAGUGUCUCCACCGCUACACGGGUCAUGAAAGCCAUUUACUCGUCCUUCAAGGAUGACGUGGACCUGAAGCAGGAUUUGCGUUGUGACACAGUGGACACGCGGGAAGAAUACGAGCUAAAGGAUCCCACCAAUGGCUACUACAACGUUCGUGCCCAUGAGGACAGGCCGUCUUCCCGCACGGUGCUCUACCCGGACUAUCGCACCCCUGGCCCGUCUCGCUACGAUGGGCGGCCGUCUUCACGCCUCUCCCAUUCCAGCGGCUACGCCCAGCUCAGCAGCUAUGCCCGUGGCCCUGCCUCUGACUAUAGUGGAGACCCAGUCCCGGGACCCACAUCGGGCCCAGCCACUGCCGACACGGCCAGCCAACUCUCCUAUGAAAACUAUGGGGGUCAUUCAGGCUUCCCCCCGAGUGCCGGCUAUGCCACCUACCGCCUGGGUUACAGCCAGCCUCCCCCGCCCACCCUGGACCGGGCGGCCUACGACACGUACGACCCCCUGGGAAAGUACACCACAGCAACCCGCUUUUCCUACACCUCCUCGGACUACGGGCAGCGUUUCCAGCAGCGCAUGCAGACUCACGUCUGAAGUGGGCGUUGCAUCUUAGUGGGGUGCAGGUACCUCAUGACUGCCCCCUGAUAUUCAGGGGGCUGUUUCCCCCUGCCCUCCCGGCCUCUUUCCAGGCUGGGCUUGUGGACAAUGCCAAGUGUGGCACCUGCUGCCCGGCUGAGGAUAACGCGGUGGCCGCCAGUCCAGCUGCUCUUCUACGGUUCCCUCCCUGUGGCUUUAACAGCCUCUGACGGUUCUUUGGUGGGGGUCCAGGUUCUCCAGGCGCCCCUUCCUCAAGGGCUCCCCCUUUCCUCUUUGCAAAAGACAGACAAGUGGGGAGGGCGAUGGAGCAGCCACAGAGCAGUCAUCCUCUCCAUCCUGCCUCUGUGAAACUCACUCUCCAUCUUACCCGCAGAAGGGGCAUCUGUUGGCAGCCCCCGGCAAAAGCUGCGGGCAGCCUCCCACUGGGGGCACUGAGGCCCAAUUCGGUACAGUAAGGCCUAAUGGUUGGAGCUAGCCACCAAACAGGGGCCAUUGGUCAAGUUUUAGCCCUGGCUUUUUAGACCAGCCAGGAUCUGGUGGCCUUGGGUGCAACAGGUGCCUCCUUAAACUCCCUCUUAAGAGAAGUGGUUUGCCCUUGGGGCAAUGCUGGUUGGGAACGGUCAAGCUAAAGUCCACACCCCUCAUGGACCCCUCUUGGCUGAAGGCUGACAGAGCAAAAGUCCUGUCCGUCUCGGCCAUAGCAGUGCACGGUGCAAAUUGUGGUACGAAACAGAGUCCCUGGGGGCAAUUCCUCCCCCCCUUUCAGGAAGGUGUUGGAUAACACCUUAUGUGUGGGUCCAGUUAUUGGAGGGCAAUAUGGGGUUGCUCUCAGGUGCCCCCCACCCAACCACAGGAGGGUCUGGUCCCCAAGUGAACCUGCUGCCAGACAGGAGGGUCUCUGCAAGACGUGGCUCUGUGAGUGCCUCCCCUCCAAAGCUUUCUGCCAUGGGAGCCACCCUGGAGGAAGCCUCUUCUGCCCUCCCCCCACCCUCUUGCUUGAGCCCCGUCCCCUGGGGCUGUCCAGACGCUCCUCUGGGCCAGCCCGGUUGCGUCAGAGGCAGAGGAGACCCCUGCUGGAGCCUGACCUUUGGGAGGUCAGUGCUGGACACACCCUCCGGUCUCCCCCAGACCUUACAGGCCUGUCCCAUCCCCAGCAUAAGGGCUUAGGGCUUCUGUCUCUCUCCGGCCUGGACCCACAGCUGUUGCCAGGGGUUGGUGAAAGCAUCCUGUGGAUCUGUGCAGCCUCCCCCACCCCCGCCCCUCACCCCCAUUGUCCUACCCUCCUUGCUAGGGAGUGACUGCAAGCUCUUCAGCCUCCUGUGCCUUAAAACUCUUGCUCUGGUGCACCCACUAAGAAGGCAGAGCAAGUUUGCGGGGGGGCAGAUUCCCUGACAGGAGGUGCCCCAGGCUGCCAACUGGGGGAAACAGGCGAGACUCGGCUUCUAGGCCGCAUCAGGUCGCUCCCAACAGCCCAACUCCCUGGCCCUCCUAUCUCAGGUGUGCAGCAGGACAUGCGAGAGACACAGCUGGGAAUUGCCCUCCCCCUGACACAAUGGUACCCCCCCUCCCUUUGCAUGCUGCAUACUCUGGUACUCUUGGUGGUGGUGGUGGGGGCACCUCUGCACCUCCUGGGAACAGCUACCUGAAGAUGUGCAUUCAGACAGUGCCCUCUUCUGGCUGGUUCUGGGAAGUCUCUUUCUGCAGUCCGGUGGAUGUUGGUGCUAUUGGGGGUUCCGUUCGACCUUCCCCCUGCCAUCCCUACUGCACUGGGGCUGGAAGAACCAGGGACGGCCUCCCCGGGUGCUUUCCGAGGGGUGUUUUCAGCGCCCCCUUUAGUGGCACCUUCAGCUCGGCUCUCCUCGGAGAACAAGAGUUUGGGGCUUCAGGGGGCAAAAUCUCCGGGAGCUGCUGAGAGGGCGAGGGGGACCCAGAUGGGCCUCACAUUGCAGGUUGUGGGGAAGUUGCUGAACGCCGAGUUGGGGCCCUGCGCCCCCCCCGCCCCCACCUCCCUUUUUUACCAGAGGUGCCAGGAACUCCUGCAGAACCUGCCCUCUGCUCACCAGGAGGCGAGGAAAGGGGGGGGUUGAAGAGGAGGGACGAGGCUCUGCGCCAAAAGCAACAGGUAGCGCACCAAUUCUAAGCCCGUGGCUGCAUUGACGUAGCCCACCAUGCCCACAGCCUCGUUCCUGAGUGAACCCAUUUCCGGAGUCAAUUUGAAAGGCCCAAGGGCCUGGGUUCGUACAACUUGCUUGGCUGCAAGUAAACCAGCAUUAACAUUAGCCAAGCUUGCCACGUUGUAUGAAUGCAAUUCUCUCCCCCGCCCCUCCCCCCCCAGCCCCCUCAUGAACAUCUAGAACUUGAGCAAUAACUAAUUCCAGCUCCCACAUGCGAUUUGCCAUCGGAGCGCCCUGCCCUGUCUUGCCAAGGGCCCCUCCAGCUCUUUGGGCGCGGGGAUGGCGUGGGAGAGGCCGCCCCUGGCGUGCUUGUGGCUUCUCUCCUGAAGACGUACAUUCGUGGCUGUCCCAUCACUUCCUUCCCUCACCUCACUUUUUAGGAAAAAUUGGUUUCCUUUUCUCAUUCUUAAAAAAUAUUAUGUACUAUAUUUUUAGUCGCAAACACAAUAUUAUA